AUGCCAUCUGCGGCUGCUUCCCCAGCGUCAUCGUCGCGAAGGUCCGGUAGCCGCCGGUACUCGUCGCCACGACUGCAAUCGGAGCCUAGACCUUGCCGAUCGAGAUCCCGACUGAGGCUGCUUGACAAGCAACGGCGCCUCCUCCUCUGCCAUUCGCCGAAGAAAAAAUUGUGCAAUGCCAGAGUAGCCACCGCCAGCCUAGACAAUCAGACAGAGGAAGGAGGAGUUGGAGCUAAGAAAAUGACAGAUGAAGGAACAGUUCAAAGUGUGAAUGCGAUCUUUGGUUUGCACGUUGAUUCCAAGUUGCGCAUAGGUGAAGUGGCAUCGAGAUCCGGUCCUUUACUUGCCGGUAGUGGAAUGUUCGAAGCUGUAAUCGGAGGAAAAGGUGCUCACGCAACCAUUCCUCAGCACUCUAUAGAUCCAAUCCUUGCUGCCUUCAAUGUUGUUGUCAGCUUACAACAUCUUGUUUCCCGUGAAGCUGAUCCACUAGACUCUCAGGUGUGCACAUUCUAG